GUGCGCAGGGCCGCCCAAUGGGGCGCAAGCGACGCGGUAUUUGAAUCCUGGAACAAGGCUACAGCGUCGAAGAUUCUCAGCGCUGCGGGCCGGGAGAGCAGCCCUAACGGCGCUUCGUACGCCAGUGCCCUCCCUUUUCAGUCCGUGUCCCUCCCUGGACCGGGCUGGCACUCUUGCUUUCCCCGUCCCUCAUGGCGCUGCUCCGACGCCCGACGGUGUCCAGUGAUUUGGAGAAUAUUGACACAGGAUUUAAUUCUAAAGUUAAGAGUCAUGUGACUAUUAGGCGAACUGUUUUAGAAGAAAUUGGAAAUAAAGUUACAACCAGAGCAGCACAAGUACCUAAGAAAGCUCAGAACACCAAAGUACCAGUUCAACCCACCAAAACAACAAAUGUCAACAAACAACUGAAACCUACUGCUUCUGUCAAACCAGUACAGAUGGAAAUGUUGGCUCCAAAGGGUCCUUCUCCCACACCCGAGGAUGUCUCCAUGAAGGAAGAGAAUCUCUGCCAAGCUUUUUCUGAUGCCUUGCUCUGCAAAAUCGAGGACAUUGAUUAUGAAGAUUGGGAGAACCCUCAGCUCUGCAGUGACUAUGUUAAGGACAUCUAUCAGUACCUCAGGCAGCUGGAGGUUUUGCAGUCCAUAAACCCACAUUUCUUAGAUGGAAGAGAUAUAAAUGGACGCAUGCGUGCCAUUCUGGUGGACUGGCUGGUGCAGGUCCACUCCAAGUUUAGGCUUCUGCAGGAGACUCUGUACAUGUGUGUUGCCAUUAUGGAUCGAUUUUUACAGGUUCAGCCAGUUUCCCGGAAGAAGCUUCAGUUAGUUGGGAUUACUGCUCUGCUCUUGGCUUCCAAGUACGAGGAGAUGUUUUCUCCAAAUAUUGAAGACUUUGUUUACAUCACAGACAACGCUUAUACCAGUUCCCAAAUCCGAGAAAUGGAAACUCUAAUUUUGAAAGAAUUGAAAUUUGAGUUGGGUCGACCGUUGCCACUACACUUCUUAAGGCGAGCAUCAAAAGCCGGGGAAGUUGAUGUUGAACAGCACACUUUAGCCAAAUAUUUGAUGGAGCUGACUCUCAUCGACUAUGACAUGGUGCAUUAUUAUCCUUCUAAGGUAGCAGCAGCUGCUUCCUGCUUGUCUCAGAAGCUUCUAGGACAAGGAAAAUGGAACUUAAAGCAGCAGUAUUACACAGGAUACACCGAGAAUGAAGUAUUGGAAGUCAUGCAGCACAUGGCCAAGAAUGUGGUGAAAGUAAACGAAAACUUAACUAAAUUCAUCGCCAUCAAGAAUAAGUAUGCAAGCAGCAAACUCCUGAAGAUCAGCACGAUCCCUCAGCUGAACUCAAAAGCCGUCAAAGAUCUUGCCUCCCCACUGAUGGGAAGGUCCUAGGCUGCCAUCGCCCCUGGGGAUGUGUGCUUCAUUGUACCCUUUUUCUUACUGGUUUAGAACUCUUGAUUUUGUACAUAGUCCUCUGGUCUAUCUCAUGAAACCUCUUCUCAGACCAAUUUUCUAAAUAUAUAUUGAGGAAAAAUAAAGCGAUUGGUUUUUCUUAAGGUA